CGUUCAAAGUUGUUUACGACACCAAUGUAAACAACGAAUCCCUAUACGGCAGCAGAUAUGGCUUCUGUUUUUAGCGGUGUGCUGCAGCUGACUGAUCUAGACGAUUUUAUCACGCCGUCUCAGGAAUGUGUCAAACCUGUUAAAAUAGAGAAGAAACAGGGCAGGUCUGUUGCCAAAAUCCAGAUAGAAGAUGAUGGCAGUUAUGUCCAGAUCAAUCAAGCUGGGCAGAAGCAGAAGCUUGAGAAAGCAAAGAUCACACUGAACGACUGCUUGGCUUGUAGCGGAUGCAUCACAUCGGCCGAGAGUGUCCUCAUCACACAACAGAGCCACGAGGAGCUCUUCAAAGUGCUGCGCAACAACAAGGUGAGCGAGACAGAGAAGAAAGUGGUGGUGGUGUCAGUGUCACCUCAGUCCCGAGCGUCCCUUGCCGCCUUCUACGGGCUCAGCAGCAGCCAGGUGGGGAGGAGGCUCACCUCUUUCUUCAAAGGCCUCGGCGUCCAUCACGUGUUUGACACAAGCUUCAGCCGCACUUUCAGCCUACUGGAGAGCCAGAGAGAGUUUGUGGAGCGUUUCCAAAGGAAGGAGCAAGACAGACGUUCUUUGCCCAUGCUGACGUCAGCAUGUCCAGGUUGGAUCUGCUAUGCGGAGAAGACGCACGGAGAUUUUAUUCUUCCUUACAUCAGCACCACCCGCUCCCCUCAGGCCAUGAUGGGCUCUCUAGUUAAAGGCUAUUUUGCACAGCAACAGGGCCUGAGCCCACAGCAAAUCUACCACGUGGCGGUGAUGCCCUGCUUCGAUAAGAAACUGGAGGCCUCUAGGCCAGACUUCUACCAGAGCGAAGCUGAGAGCAGAGAAGUGGACUGCGUCAUCACAUCCGGAGAAGUUCAGAAAAUGCUGGAAGAGGAAAAGGUGACUCUUAACGAGAUGCAAGCUGCACCUCUCGACACGCUUUUCAGCAACGUGGAUGACGGCGAGUUUCUCAGCCACGCCGGCAGCGGUUCGGGCGGUUACCUCCAUCACGUCUUCAGUUACGCGGCCAAGCAGAUUUUUGGAGAGGAGGUCAAGGAACUCACCUACAAGACCCUCAGGAAUAAGGACUUCCAGGAGGUGACGCUGGAGAAGGACGGCGCGGUGGUGCUGAGUUUUGCGUCCACGUAUGGCUUCCGCAACAUCCUGAACUUGGUGCAGAAACUCAAGAGGGGGAAGUCGCCGUACCACUUUGUGGAGGUCAUGGCCUGUCCCUCAGGUUGUCUUAACGGCGGUGGGCAGCUGAAACCAGGCCCUGGUCAGAACCCAAAGGAGUUCCUCCAGCAGGUAGAGGCGCUCUACAAAGCAGAAGCAACCCGAGCGCCGAAAGAUGACGUCUGCGUGGCCGAACUCUACCAGUCGUGGCUCGGCAGCAUCGGCGAGGAGCGCGCCAGAGAGCUGCUGCACACCAACUACCACGCCGUGGAGAAGAUGACCAAUGGGCUCACCAUGAAAUGGUGAUGCUGUCUAAUUACAUGCGACCGCAGCAUUUGUGUCUGUUUCAGUGGAAAAAAUAGUAAUUCAGUUAUGUAUAUUGGAACAG